UGGUUGCGUUAGUAUUUAUCCGUUUGGUGUGACAUUCCUAAAUAAGCUUUGUUGCCUCUAAAAGUCAGUGUAAUUAUUUGAAUGGUAUCCACCUCUAUGCAGUUCCAGUGCUACUUGAUCUCAGAUUAAAUACAUUUGUUUUUGAUAGGCCUCAGAUUUUGUUGAAGAGCACAUCUGAACAAGCAGCAUCGUGAAGACCUAAGAGCUAGCAAAACAAUUCUGGGAUAAUCUUGUAUAGAACUAAGCUCUAAUCAGGAUAGGGUUAUUAAAAAAAAGUAUUAGGAGGGUAUCAGGAAGCACCCAAAAGGCUAGGAUAACUCUGAAGGAACUGAAAAGAUUGGCAGCUGAGAUGAGAGAAAUUGUCCAUGGAACAACUAUCACUUGGAUGUUCCACAAAAGUAGGCUUUUGGAAGACUGGUUAGAAGAAAGCUAUUGCUGGAACAAACCUGUAUCAAAGCCUAUUUGAAUUUAGCUAAGAAGCACAUUGUACAAACCGCAGUCAAGACCCAUGAGAACCAAACUGAAUCUUUGGCUUCAGUGCAGCACAGUAUCAGUGGCACAAACCCAACCCUAAGAACACCGAUCCCACAGUGAAACAUGGUGGCGAUAGCAGCAUGUUGUGGAAGUGCUUAUCUUUGGCAGAGACUGAGAUACUGGCUAGGAUCAAGGGCCAGAUAGUGUCAAAUAAGGGGCAUUUCUAGAGGAAAAACCUGUUUCAGUUUUCAAGGGAACUGGAACUGGAACAGAGAUUCACCUUCCAAUAGGACUGUAAUCCUAAAUAUACAGCCAAAGUAACAGUGGAGUGGUUUAUACCAAGAACCUGCUUGUCUAGUAUGGCUCAGUCAAAGCCCAGACCUCAAUCUGAUUUAUUUUUUGUACCACCCAAAACCAGAUGAUUUCUGGGCAGUGAACAACAGUCAAAAUUCUGUGACAGGACUGGAAAAUCACUCUGCACUGAUAGUCCCCAGCAAAUCUGACAAAGCUGGAACACUUUUGCCAAAAAGAAACACUGCAGGUUCCAGAUGUGCAGAACUGAUAGAGAUCUAUCCCCAAAAGAUUCAAAGCUGUAAUUGAUGCCAGAGGUGCUUUUUACAGUAUUGACCCAGGGGAUUGAAUUAGUAUGCACCUAGGUUUUUUUUUUAAACUUUUGGUCUACAGCAAAAAUAUUUUGCAUCUGCAUCAUACUGAAUACCCUGUUUACAUCAAGUGGAAACGAAGUCAGUUAAAUCCAUUUCAAUUCCGGGAUGCAACAUAAUGAAAUGAGACAGAGCCAUUUCAAAAGCCAGUUUCAUUGGAUCAGCAUCCAGAUUAUGCAGAAUACAUCUUUCAUCCAAUGGAUCUUUGUACAUUAGAAAAGAAUGUUAAAAAGAGGAUGUAUGGUUGCACUGAAGCUUUUUUGGCUGAUGCCAAAUGGAUUUUGCACAAUUGCAUUAUUUACAAUGGGGGAAAUCACAAAUUGACACAAACAGCAAAAGUCAUAAUCAAAAUCUGUGAGCAUGAGAUGAAUGAAAUUGAAGUAUGUCCAGAAUGUUAUUUAGCUGCUUGCCAAAAACGGGAGAAUUGGUUUUGUGAGCCUUGUAGCAAUCCACACCCAUUGGUCUGGGCUAAACUCAAGGGUUUCCCAUUCUGGCCUGCUAAAGCACUGAGGGAUAAAGACGGUCAAGUUGAUGCUCGUUUCUUUGGUCAACAUGACAGGGCCUGGGUUCCAGUAAAUAAUUGCUACCUCAUGUCUAAAGAAAUUCCUUUUUCCGUGAAAAAGACUAAAAGCAUAUUCAACAGUGCAAUGCAAGAAAUGGAAGUUUAUGUGGAGAAUAUCCGUAGAAAGUUUGGAGUAUUUAAUUAUGCACCUUUCCGGACACCAUAUACUCCCAACAACCAAUACCAAAUGUUGUUAGACCCUUCAAAUCCUGGUGCUGGAACAGCUAAGACUGACAAACAAGAGAAAAUCAAACUUAACUUUGAUAUGACAGCAUCACCCAAAAUUUUAAUGAGCAAACCAAUGCUGAGUAGCAGUACUGGGCGAAGAAUUUCCCUAACAGACAUGCCACGCUCCCCAAUGAGUACAAAUUCAUCUGUUCACACUGGAUCUGAUGUUGAACAGGAUGCAGAAAAAAAAGCAACCUCCAGUCACUUUAGCGCAAGUGAAGAGUCCAUGGACUUUAUUGAUAAGAAUACAGCUUCUCCAGGACCAACAAGGACAGGUCAAGGAAGUCCUAAACCUUUCUCUCCGCAAGCAUCAACACCCACUGCUUCUAAACCAGAAAGAACAUCUACUCCAGGAAGCAUUCUUAAUCUCAAUCUUGAUCGCAGUAAAGCUGAGAUGGAUCUGAAAGAGUUGAGUGAAUCAGUCCAGCAGCAAUCCACACCUGUGCCACUGAUUUCACCAAAACGACAAAUCCGCAGCAGAUUCCAGCUUAAUCUUGACAAGACAAUAGAGAGUUGCAAAGCACAGCUAGGGAUCAAUGAAAUAUCAGAAGAUGUUGCAGUUGAACAUAGCGACUCAGAGGAUUCUGAAAAGUCAGACUCUAGUGAUAGUGAAUACAUCAGUGAUGAAGAACAGAAAUCUAAGAAUGAGCAGGAAGAAGAAGAAAAGGAAGGUCCAAGAAGUGACAAAGAAUCUUUGGCCAUGAAAAAAAAAACCAAACCACCAACUCCAACUGAAGAAAAAGAAGUAGUUAAAAGUACAAACUCAGAAGUGGAAAAAACAGAUACUCCUGUCAAAGACAAAGCAAAUGUAGACUCUGAUAAAGAGCUUUCUGAAAAGGGAAAAAGUCAGUCACAUCCUACAAAGGAGAAGCUGAAAGGUAAAGAUGACACCGACUCUCCAACUGUGCAUCUUGGUCUGGACUCUGAUUCGGAAAGUGAACUUGUUAUUGACCUAGGUGAAGACCAGUGUGGGCGUGAGGGCCGAAGAAACAAAAAAGAACCCAAGGAAUCACCUCCUAAGCAAGAGGCUCCAACUAAAACGCCACCUUCUUCAAGCGUGAGCAGCCAGCCUCCCUCUGAAACUCAGGUGCUUACUAGAUCAGCCUCCCAAACUCCUCCAGCUGGUGUCACAGCCACCACAAGCACUACAUCUUCUCUCAGCACUCCAGCUGCAGCCACUGGUAGCCCAGUGAAAAAGCAGAGGCCACUCCUACCAAAAGAAACUGCCCCAGCUGUCCAGAGGGUAGUGUGGAAUUCAUCAAACAAAUUUCAAACGUCUUCCCAGAAAUGGCAUAUGCAAAAGGUUCAAAGGCAGCAACAGCAGCAACAGAGUCAGCAGCAGCAACCUCAGUCUUCCCAAGGAACAAGAUACCAGACAAGACAAGCUGUAAAAGCUGUACAACAAAAGGAAAUCACCCAGAGUACUUCAACAUCAACCAUUACCUUAGUUACCAGCACUCAACCUGUUUCUAUAGUAACCAGUUCUGGAUCAGCAAGUACACUUUCAUCUUCAGUUAAUACAGACUUGCCAAUAGCGACAGCUUCAGCGGAUGUGGCUGCAGAUAUUGCUAAGUAUACUAGUAAAAUGAUGGAUGCCAUAAAAGGAACCAUGACUGAAAUAUACAACGACCUUUCAAAAAAUACAACUGGGAGCACAAUUGCUGAGAUUCGUCGUUUGAGAAUUGAAAUAGAGAAGCUGCAAUGGUUACAUCAACAGGAACUGUCUGAAAUGAAACAUAAUCUGGAACUCACAAUGGCUGAAAUGCGGCAAAGUUUAGAACAAGAAAGAGACCGAUUGAUUGCAGAAGUAAAGAAGCAAUUGGAACUGGAAAAGCAGCAAGCUGUGGAUGAAACUAAGAAGAAGCAGUGGUGUGCUAACUGCAAAAAGGAAGCUAUUUUCUACUGUUGUUGGAACACCAGCUACUGUGACUACCCUUGCCAGCAAGCACACUGGCCAGAACAUAUGAAGUCCUGCACACAGUCAGCCACUGCAACGCAACAAGAAGCAGAUACUGAAAUUAGCACGGAACCUUUAAAUAAAUCAUCCCAGCCUGCUUCCACUGCACAGCCUGCACCUACAGAGACAGCCAGUAUUCCAAAAGAAAAAGAAGCGGCUAUUGAAAAGAGCAAGGAGAGUGUUACAAUAGCAACAGGUGUGACAAGCAGCCAGCCUAUAAAACUGGUCCAGGUACCGCAGACCACCACCUAUAUACCAACUACUCAACCCACAAUUACCAUUCCUGUAGUAGUAAGUCCUACAGCUGCAACUGUGGCAAUGAGAACGGGAGUCCAGUAUGUUCAAACAACAAUGCCUGUCCAAGUACGGAGAGUCUAACUGUUAACAAAGGAAUCCAGGCAGCUGUUGGAAUAAAUAACAAUCUCUGUAAUAGAAAUGUGAAAAAAUCCCCACAGUUCUUUGGAUUAACCUCAAAGGUUCAGACUUUUAGCUUUGUGCAUUUAUACAAAGCAUUUAACUACACUACAUUAAUGUAAAGCAUUAGCGCUGGCUUUAAAAAGCUUGAAGACUGGUAAAAUCCAAGGUAAAUCUAUGCUUCUGUUGUAAAUGAUGUACAAUUUGUGGAUGAUGUUAGAGUGCCAUCUCCUUUUUAUAUUUGUAUUGACUUCAACGUCUAAGGAGUGUUGGAAGUUGCUGAAGGAAAGGUUAAAUUCCGACUUGCCACGCAUGCCACCAAGAGAAGCAGUCUUCUGGGAACGGCAAUUGCACACACAAAUAAUUCUUCCACUCUAGGAUUUAAGGAAUAGAAGACUGAACUACUUGGCUUGCCUUGGGAAAACAAUGCCUGCACAUCUGUUUGUGCAAUCGAAGCUGGGCCAUUUUAAAUUUGUUAAGAAUUUCCAGUCUUUGGGCCUCAAAUACAUUAAAAGGCAUACUUUGUGUUGAAUAUUUAAAAUGAGAGAGAUUGUUUACAAAAAAGGGUUUUAAAUUUCAUUCAUGCUAAGAGAAGGAAAGUAGGAAGCUUAAUAGUAGUUGGUAAUACACUGAUGGGCUUCUUCCAGGAACGAUAGAGUGAAUUUUCUGGAGCUAUACUUCCAAUUGGGUUAUGUUUCAGUUGUGUUGGGGGUCUUUUAAUAAUAUCUCAAAGGAUCUUUAAUAUGUAUAUCUUUAAUAUAUAUAUAUUAUAUAUUAAAGAAAACUAUCUGAAAGACUUUGAAAUGCUUUUCAAAGGGAAUAUGAGUUAAGAGAUGGAAAGAACUCUUUACUAGGAAACAUGGGCAAAAGACAUUGACGCUGGGCUAGAGCAUGUAUUAUGGGAUUUUUAUGUUUUUAUGUAAGCAUGAAACAGUACAGUAUGAGAGAGAAAGUAACCCAUGAAAACUGUCUGUUACACUUAUACUGUAGUACCAUUUUGUAUGUUGUGUAAACAAAAACAUUGAACAAAGCAAGGUGAUGUAUGUAUAUGAGAAAAUUAAUUGUAUGAUAUCAUUCCAGUACAUUUUGUUGUACAUUUUAGUCAUAUUGAUUUCUCCCAUUGUUUAUACAGGAUGCAGUUUGUACAGUCUCCAGCUAGUACACACAUUAGAGGAAAGCAGAAUUAGAAGGAAAAAAAAUCAGGAGCAGAAUAUUUGUGAAUUGCAGUUGUGUCAAAGAUAGCCUAGCUGGCCUUAUUUGUGAAGCAUAAUUGCUUUUAGCAUAUGGAAGUAUUUUUUCACAUUUUCUUUGUAUAAAAUUUGUAUUAAACUAAAUAUCUUUUUUGA